ACGGCGAAAGCUGCCAACCUGCGGGCCAUGAAGGUCCUGGCUGUGGGCGUACUGGCCCUUGCCUUCGCCACGGUGCCCGCGCACGCCCAGCAGUGUGGCGGGCAGGCCGGCGGCGUGCUAUGCCCCGACGGCCUCUGCUGCAGCCAAUACGGCUACUGCGGCACCACCGACGAUUACUGCGGCGCCGGCUGCCAGAGCCAAUGCGGUGGGGCCGUCGGCGGCGGCGUGGCGCCCGUGAAAGCCGAGCAGUGCGGCAGGCAGGCCGGUGGCGCUUGCGCUGGCGGCGUGGCGUCCAUGGUGACUCGGGACCUCUUCGACCGGAUGCUGCCCCACCGGGACGACGCGGCGUGCCCCGCGCGUGGGUUCUACAACUACGACGCCUUCAUCGCCGCGGCACGCGCGUUCCCGGCCUUCGGCGCCACGGGCGACGGCAACGCGCGCAAGCAGGAGGUCGCCGCAUUCCUGGCGCAGACCUCCCACGAGACCUCUGGUGGCCCGUACUCCUGGGGCUACUGCUACAAGGAGGUGAAGGACGCCACGUCGGACUUUUGCGUGCCGAGCGCUCGGUGGCCUUGUGCCCAGAACAAGACGUACCAUGCACGUGGACCCAUGCAACUCUCCUACAACUACAACUACGGACCGGCCGGGCAGGCCAUCGGCGCCGACCUGAUUCGCAACCCGGACCUCGUCGCGACCGACCCGCCGGCCCUCGCGUUCAAGACCGCGCUGUGGCUCUGGAUGACCCCGCGCUCGCCGAACCAGCCCUCGUGCCACGCCGUCGCCACGGGACAGUGGACCCCGACGCCCGCGGACCGCGCUGCAGGCCGCGCGCCGGGCUACGGGCUGACCACGAACAUCCUCACCGGCGGGCUCCACUGCACAGCCCGCGGCUCCACCCCCGCAGUUGCUGGAGCCGACGGUCGGCUCGGGUUCUACAAGCGCUACUGCAACGUCCUAGGCGUGAGCUACGGGCCCAAUCUGGACUGCUGCGGCCAGGCGCCAUUCGACGGCGCCAUCAGGUCGUCGGCGUAG